GCGCCGGUCUAGCUUUAGACAGGGCGGGCGGUCUACGCCUCAAUCGCCGACAACCCAUAACUUUUUUUUAUUUUAUUUUUAUUGUCGACUUCUUUAUCGGAAACGCGAUUCGCACUGCCAGAUUUGGAUUCGGCAAACCCAAUCGACAAAAGAAAAAUCCGCCUCGACUAUUACAACAAAGCAAUCCACGCACGAAACGUUCGAGAUGGUAUAACGCAGCUCGGGGUCACAAACCAAAACAAACCGACCACACUCCCUGUCCACCAAUUCUGCGUCGCCGGGAUGGACGCCUUUUGGGUCGCAGCGUCGAGCCGCUGCGAAGAGCUGCGGUCGCCGGGCCCGAUCAAUCUGAUUGUGUCAAUAUUCAUCCUCGUCGGGAUGCUCAUUUCCUACCUCCCUCAACACUAUCGAAUCAUCUCCCGCGGCACAUCCGAAGGAAUUUCGCCCUAUUUUGUACUCCUUGGUGUCACUUCGGCUACCUCGGGCUUUGCCAAUAUCCUCACGCUCCCCCAAUCGAGGCAGGACGUGACUUGCUGCAAGGAUCUGGAUACCUUCCAUUGCCUGGCUGGCCUCCUCGGCAUUGCGCAGUUGGGAGUGCAGUGGAUAUGUUUCGCCGUAAUCCUCGUACUGUUCCUUGUUUUCUUCCGAUACGGCGAUACCACGAUACCGGAUGAAGAAGAGCUGCCAGAUGAAGCUCAGCCCAAGUGGCAGACUGCCGUCAUGGUAGCGGUUGUGUGUUUUCUACAUGGGCUUGUGGUCAUUAUCAUUACCGCAGUGAUGGGAUACAUCUUCCCGGAUCACCUAUCCGCCUGGGCCAACUCAUUGGGCAUCAUGGCAGCGGUCCUGGCUGGGAUACAAUAUAUACCACAGAUCUGGACGACAUAUCAUCUCAAGCAUGUCGGGAGUCUGAGCAUACCAAUGAUGUGCAUCCAAACACCGGGAGGAUAUUUGUUUGCAGGGAGCCUGUUUGCCCGUCUGGGAUGGGCAGGCUGGAGCUCCUGGGGUAUUUUCCUCCUCACUGCAACGAUGCAAGGGGUGUUGCUUUGCAUGGGCAUCUACUAUGAGAUCAGCAGAGGCAAAGAGAAGGCUCGCGCGGAAGCAACGAACGGGACCCAUCCUCAUGGGGAUUCGGAGGACUCUGAAAGGGAUGAUGAUCCACUGGCCACACCUCCUCAUGGAGGAAGAGCGGCCUACACCCCGGGUUUGGACGAAGGCGUGCCAAGACUAUACACCGCGCACCCUGAACAUUACGCAAACACUCCAGAGGAGCUUCAGGGGAUAUUGGACCGGCAAGAAGCGGACGCGGCCGCCGAAACGCAACCCCUUCUCAAGCCUGGAGGAAUUGGUACGCCUUACAACACGUAGCGCACGACUGUGGGUCCCAGUUGGCUUCUACUGUGGUAUGUAGAAGCACAUCUCGAGACCCUUACAGUAAGAGGCACAGCUUGCGUGGCAUCGAAGUUCUUGACUCGACUCUGACGCGAACCUCGGACUAGCUCGGAGAAAUGUCCUUCUAUUAUUUAUUCAGAAAGUAUAUUUUUGUACAUGGCAGAAUCUUUUCUUGAUUAUUUCUUGAUAUUCAGCAUUCACAUUGCGCAACCGUAUUUGCAAGCAAACGGGCCCAUUAUUUGGAUGUUUUCACUUCGUACAUUUUAACGCAUUAUUUCGGUUUGCGAACCAUCGAUCGGGCGGGUGUCAAUGCCGUGCCGAGCUGGCCAAGACCAAGCAACAAAUUGAUUCAUUCGCAAUUACUUAAAUUUGUCGGGAAAACCUCCUCCGAUUUUCUCACAUUAGUUGGGACGACUAUUUUCAGCAGUGGUGGUGGUGAUCAGCAGCUUCUAGGGUAUUUAACAGAAACAAAGAAAACGCGUAAUUCAGUAUGCAACGCCGAACUGGUUUCCUAGAUGGCUCAAAGGGAGGUUGGCGAUACUUAGCCGCGAAACA